AUGUUCGUCAAACUCACGCUUUCUUUGUUCCUCGCGGUAGUCGCUAUAGCCCACGGUGGAAGCAUUUUAGAUAUAUUCAACUGGGAGGACAGUAAGAAGUUAUUAGAAGUUACGCAGCCACAAGCAGCACCAGAAAUUCGCAAUGACAUUAACUGCAAGUGGAAGUGCAAGGGUCCAGCUUGUGUCUGUUGCAUCGACACUAACGUCACGAGCUAUGAUCCGGAAGGAUCAAAGUGUAUACACAUGAGAUACAUGUCAAAAGAAGAAGGACUCUUCGUUCAAAUUUCCCACGGGAAGAAAAUUGAAUAUGAGAAAGUACAAAUGACCAGCCCGGGUCCGAUAUGCUUGGUAAUGAGCAUGUUAUUCCAAAUGUGCGCAAUCUUCACUCGCAUGGCUCCCACUGCUGACGGCCUCCGAGGAUGCGUUCAUCUUGAACCGGGCACCAUAUUCUUGUCCCAGAAUAAAAUUCCUCUAGGUUGCUUCAAAGCGAAUGAAGCUGGAAUGGAAAUGUCGGACCCACCCAGUGAUUUACUUGAAAGUGAACAUGAAAAUACUGAAGAAAAUAAUAAUGAGGAUGAUGCCAGUGAAACCGACAUCGAUUUUGACCCUAACAAAUUCUUUGCUGGAGUCUAUCAGACUGCACAACAGAGCAUCGCCUUACUAAGUAGCCUUUUAGAGGAAACAAGUAACUCCACAAAACCGGCCAGUCCAGCCGAAACCAGCAGUUUACCGACGCCUGAAGAGAAAAUAACAGAGUCAACCCAGAAAAGAGCACCUAAAAACUUAAAACAUCCCAAUCAACUGUGA